UCCACUCUUUGCCUCGCGCGCGUGCGAGCUCGGCGGCCACCGCUCCUCACCCGGUCUUCGCGGCCACGUGGGGAAACGGUCAGAGAAACAUGGCAGCAAGGAGAAUUGCACAGGAGACUUUUGAUGCUGUAUUGCAGGAAAAGGCUAACCGAUAUAUGGAUCCCAGUGGUGAGGCUGUAGGCGAAGCUCUUCAGUUUAAAGCUCAAGAUCUUCUAAGGACAGUCCCAAGAGCCAGAGCAGAUAUGUAUGAUGACAUUCAUAGCAACAGCAGAUACACUCUGGGCGGAUCUGUAGCUCAUCCUCGAGACACUGGGAGAGAAGGCCUGAGAGGUGAUAUAUUUCCAGGACCUUCCUUCAGAUCAAGCAACCCUUCUGUAAGUGACGACAGCUACUUUCGCAAAGAAUGUGGUCGGGACCUGGAAUUUUCCCACGCUGACUCCCGAGACCAGGUCUUUGGCCACCGGAAAUUGGGACAUUUCCGUUCUCAGGACUGGAAAUUUGCACUCCGUGGCUCUUGGGAACAAGACUUUGGCCAUUCAGUUUCUCAAGAAUCCUCCUGGUCACAGGAGUAUAGUUUUGGUCCUUCUGCAUUACUGGGGGACUUUGGCUCCUCCAGGCUGAUUGAGAAAGAGUGUUUGGAGAAAGAGAGUCGGGAUUAUGACGUGGACCGUCCAGGAGAAGCAGACACUGUGCUCCGGGGCAGCAGCCAAGUCCAGGGCAGAGGCCGAGGUCUAAACAUCGUUGACCAGGAGGGUGCCCUCCUAGGAAAGGGGGAGACUCAAGGCCUGCUCACACCUAAAGGAGGGGUUGGGAAACUUGUCAUGCUGAGAAAUGUGAGCACAAAAAAGGUACCCACUAUAAGUUGUAUCACUCCCAAAACUCAGGGCACUAACCAAAUUCAGAAAACCACCCCAAGUCCUGAUCUGACCCUGGGGACAAACCCAGGGACGGAAGAUGUCCAAUUCCCCACUCAGAAAAUCCCUUUGGGGCUUAAUCUGAAGGAUAUUCGGCUCCCCAGAAGAAAGAUGAGCUUCGAUCUGAUAGAUAAGUCUGAUGUUUUUUCGAGGUUUGGGAUAGAAAUAAUCAAAUGGGCAGGAUUCCACACCAUAAAAGAUGAUGUUAAAUUUUCCCAGCUUUUCCAGACUCUCUUUGAACUUGAAACCGAAACCUGUGCUAAAAUGCUCGCCUCAUUCAAAUGCUCCUUAAAACCAGAGCACAGAGAUUUUUGCUUUUUUACUAUCAAAUUUUUAAAGCACUCUGCUUUGAAAACACCCAGAGUUGAUAACGAGUUUUUAAACAUGCUUUUAGACAAAGGUGCUGUGAAGACCAAAAAUUGCUUUUUUGAAAUCAUAAAGCCCUUUGAUAAAUACAUAAUGAGGCUACAAGACCGGCUGCUGAAGAGUGUCACACCCCUGCUCAUGGCCUGCAAUGCCUACGAGCUGAGUGUCAAGAUGAAGACCCUCAGUAACCCCCUGGACUUGGCUAUUGCCCUGGAGACCACCAAUUCUCUCUGCCGGAAGUCUUUAGCUCUUUUGGGACAGACGUUCUCCUUGGCCUCUUCUUUCCGGCAAGAGAAAAUCUUAGAAGCCGUCGGCCUCCAAGAUGUAGCUCCCUCUCCUGCCGCAUUUCCAAACUUCGAGGACUCUACUCUGUUUGGGAGAGAGUACAUCGAUCACCUGAAGGCCUGGCUGGUCAGCAGUGGGUGUCCACUCCAGGUCAAGAAGGCCGAACCUGAGCCAACCCGAGAUCAGGAGAAAACGGUUCCUCCUACCAAACCUGAAAUUCAGGCUAAGGCUCUGAGUGGUCUAAGUGAUGAGGUCCCCCAGCGAGCAGACCACAAGGUGGUGGACACCAUUGACCAGCUGGUCACACGUGUUGUUGGAGGCAGCCUGUCUCCCAAAGAAAGAGCUCUUCUCAAGGAUGACCCUGCUUACUGGUUUUUAUCUGAUGACAGUAGUCUGGAGUAUAAAUAUUAUAAGUUGAAGCUGGCAGAAAUGCAGCGGAUGAGCCAGACCUUGCCAGGAGCAGAUCAGAAGCCAAUGGCGGCAGAGUGUGCAGUCCGGGCCAUGCUAUAUGCCCGGGCAGUCCGGAGCCUCAAGAAGAGGCUCCUACCAGGGCGGCGGCGGGGGCUGCUUCGAGCUCAAGGACUCCGGGGCUGGAAAGUGAGGAGAGCGACCACCGGGACCCAGACCCUCCUCUCCUCAGGCACCAGACUGAAACACCAUGGCCGGCAGGCUCCAGGCUCCUUGCAGGGAAAGCCGCCCCAACCAGAUGGAAAUGAUGCUGCCAAGGCCUGCCCGCCAGACCCAGCCGGACCCUCUCCUAGGGACCCCAGCCCAGAAGCCUCAGACCCAUCCCCCAAGCCAGCAGGAGUGGAUGUCUCCGAAACCCCUCAGACCUCUUCUCCUUGCCUGUCUGCUGAUGUUGAUACGAAGACAAUGGAGACUGCAGAGAAACUGGCCAAAUUUGUUGCUCAGGUGGGACCAGAGAUUGAACAAUUCAGCAUAGAAAACAGCAUUGACAACCCCGACCUUUGGUUUCUACAUGAUCAAAACAGUUCAGCUUUCAAAUUCUAUCGAAAGAAAGUAUUUGAACUGUGCCCAUCGAUUUGCUUUACGUCAUCUCCGCUGAACCUUCAUGCCAGCAAGAGCGCCGAUUCUCAGGAGAGUCCCCUGGAGCCCAUGGAGGGGGAAGGAGGGUUUGAGGAUGAGCCCUCCCAGCACGAGGCUGAGCUGGAGAGCCCAGAGGUGAUGCCUGAGGAAGACGAGGAUGAGGAGGAGGAUGAGGAGGAGGACGAGGAAGGGGGUGAGGAGGCUCCCACUCCUGGAGGGGCCUCCAGGCCGGCAGGAGAGUCGACCAAGUCCGAGGGCACGGAGGGCAGCCCCCCAGCUGAUGGCCUCCUGAGUGAGGUGGCCGAGGAUGGCCCGCCUGGUGCACCUGCCCUGUCACAGCCCUCCUCAGGGACCUGCUUCCCUCGGAAGAGAGUCAGCAGCAAGUCGCUGAAGGUCGGCAUGAUUCCGGCUCCCAAGAGGCUGUGUCUCAUCCAGGAGCCCAAAGUUCACGAACCAGUUCGAAUUGCCUAUGACAGGCCUCGGGGUCGUCCCGUGACCAAGAAGAAGAAACCCCAGGACUUUGAUUUCGCCCAGCAGAAACUGACCGACAAGAACCUGGGGUUCCAGAUGCUACAGAAGAUGGGCUGGAAGGAGGGCCACGGCCUGGGCUCCUGCGGGAAGGGCAUCAGGGAGCCUGUCAGCGUGGGAACUGCCUCGGAAGGGGAGGGGUUGGGUGCCGACGGGCAGCAGCACAAAGAAGACACGUUUGAUGUGUUCCGUCAGAGGAUGAUGCAGAUGUACAGACACAAACGGGCCAACAAAUAGCUGUCGGUUGGAGUGCUGAAGCUCUUUAAACAAGUGGAGGUACUGGAUUCGAUGAACGUGUUAUUUAUGGAGUCUCAUCUCUUAAAUGCAUCCCAAGAGACUUGACGAAAUUUCAGCAAUGUAUUCAGCAGCUGUAUUCAGUGGGGAGUAAUCAUUACACCGAUGAAACUUUCCCAAAUUUACGUGUGUCUUAGAAUCCACAAAGCAAACUACAGUUUUUUUUUUUAAACCACAUAUGGAGUCUCUGCUACAAAGGGGUGGGAGGUGUAAACUCUUCAAGACUCUUAAUUUUUUGCAUGUGUGGCAGUGUAAAGAAUUGUUUUAUUAGGGCCUUUGUACAGAGCAGAAAGGAUCCUCUUGGGGUGGGCUCUGCAGCUGUUUGCUAUUUCAAGGCAUAUGAUUGCCGCCCCUUCCAGCUUCUCACACUCUGCCUCUUGCAACUACAUGCGAAAUUCUCAGGCUGUGGGAAUCUCUCAGCCCUUCCUCAUAAAGCAGCAGUGUUGAAGUUUUAAAUACAUGCUAAAAUCUGGAAAACAGGAUCCUGCUGAUACUAUAAGCUUGGGGGACACAGCAAUGAGUUACCCUGUCAGCCACUUGUAUUGGCUGUUAUGAAAUCCUUGCUUUCUCAAAGCCCGAGACCUCCUGGGCUGUAGUCCCAGGCUCUGGAUCUGUCUUGUCUGUCUGGCCCACACUCACCGGCACAGCGUCACGGGCCUGUGCCAGCAUCUCACGUGCCCGCCUGAUGUUGCCCUUCUUCAUGCCACGGCUAGUCCCCAGGGCUCUGCUUGCUUCUGAUCACUUUUGUUGCUUUGGCAACUGGCAGAUCUUUAUGGCCAUGGACAUGCUGGAGGUUCUUCAGCAGAGUUGAAAUAGCCUGCAGGGUGGUGUGGUCUGGGGGAACCACAGCUAUGGGGGUUCACCUCCUUUCUUUUCUAAUCUUUCCAACAGCCUUCCAUGUUGGCUGGGGGUCAGGUAAAGGGAUAGAACUCUGAGAACAGGGCCUCGAUCCCACAUGGCCUUUCACAGAACACCCUUUGGUGCUGAGUGAGGUGUGCACCCCCCAGCAUGGGUCCUGGCUCUUUUUUCAAGCAUAGCUUUGACCAUCAUAUUCGCUUUGUUCUAGUAUACUCAUUCUUGGCUUUCUCUGCUUUUAUUUAUAAGUAAAAUACUUUAGGGAUUCCCGGGGUUUGAACCCUGUUUCCACAGCCUCCUGCCACUCCUCCUCCUGGGGGUGUCCUGCUUUGAGCUGACACUGUGAGCCUUUGGCAGUCGUCAAAGGGAGCACUUACUUCUUGAGCCUGGAAAGUCCCGUAAGCACUCAGGUGGCGCUUCUGUGGAGUUGGCAUUGAGGCAGUGAAGGCAUUGCGUGGGCCGGGGAGGAGCGUGGUGGUGCGUCCCUGUGCCAGCUGUCGGCUGGGGACCAGCGCGCUGCCCCUCUGUGCCCGCCCUUGCCCCCUCCAGCAGAGGCCGCUCUGCGGGGAGCACGCGUGAGAGCAAGUGCGAUGUGCAGUUGCAUAGCCUUGUCAAAGUCACAGUGUCUUUUCUGUCA